CUUCAUUUUUCUCUUCCCAUUUUUUCUCUCUUCUUUUAUCUCCUAUUAAUUUCCUUUCCCGGUAACCACUUCUUCACCUCUCAAAUACCCACUUCCGUAAACGCAUAAUAAUCUGAUUAAUCCCACCCCAUAUAAAUCAACCCCCCCGCCCUCCCUCUCUCUCUCUCUCUCUCUCUCUCUCUCUCUCUCCAUAAAAAUCAACCCUCUUUUACUCUCUCUCUCUCUCUCUCUCUCUCUCUCUAAAAAUGGAAAAACUCUUGAGCGUGCACGAAAAGAAGGGAACCAAACAAGCCAAGACCAAGAAAACCAAAUCAGUCAAGAUUGUGUACAUCUCCAACCCAAUGAAGGUGAAGACCACUGCAUCAGAAUUCCGGGCUCUCGUUCAGGAACUCACCGGCCGAGACUCCGGUAAGCCGAACCCCACCAAGUAUCCGGAGAUCGACGGCUCCGAGGAGAUCAUUGCCGGUGAGGACCAUGAUGAUGCGGUCUCUGAAGUACCGAUAGCGGAACCAGCUGCUCGUGAAGUGCUCAUGAAGAGGUCUGAGUCUCAUGAAGUCGCAUUUGAGCCGUACGAUGAUGUUUUUGUGCCUCAGGUGUUCGAGAACUUUACUGGGUUUUUCCCGUCAAACUUGUUGUGCUGAUCUCGAUCCUCAUGUUGAUGUGCUCAGAAGUCUGUAGACGCCGUGUAAAUUCCGACUAGAAGUAGCCUGUGGUUAUUAUGUUAAUUAUUAACAAAUAAAUUGUAUCCCGUAGAUUCUAUCCCUUCCGUUCCAAUUUAAAUUGUCUCCUACAGUUUUUUUGUACAUUUUCAAACUCCAAAAAAACAUACUUCUGCAUUUUUUUUUUUAAUUUCUUAUACCAAAUUAAAGUGUUCAUUGAGUAUUUUAAUUUAGUGUAAGAAAAUUAAAAAAAUAAAAUGUAAAAGUACAUUUUUUUGAGAUUUGAAAACACACGAAAAACUGUGAGGACCAUUUAAAUUGGGACCGAAUGAGUUAAGUUAUUUUUGUUGGUUUUUGGUACUUCUUCUAGCAAUGUUUCUUGUUGGCACAAAUGCCUUGGCUUCUAUCAUCGUAUUGUUACUGAUGACUGUGUUUUGCUUUAAA